GUCAUCAGCCUCUGAUUGAGGAAGGCUCUGUUUGCUUGCUCUGUUUGUGGAAGCUUGAUAAAAUGCCAGGUCUCUGCAGCCUCUGGGGUGAGCCCCAGUUCUCUAUGAUGUGAUCGAUUACGUUUCAUCCUCAUUAAUACAAUACGCUGGCUUCAGAAGCGAGAGGGUGACUGCUGUUUCCUUGACAUUCCUCCUUCGGUGGUGUUUCUGUGGGAAAGGGGAUUGUAAGAGAGCCCUGUUAGACAUACUCUCGCUGGAGCCUCCUUAUCCCACAUUUGCAUUUGAUCAUUAAAGUGAUCCCUUGGGAAUAUCAGACCUCCAUGUACGACAAUUUGUACCUUCAUGGAUUCGAAGACUCGGAGGCGGGUUCCGCUGAUUCCUACACUAGCAGACCGUCUGACUCAGAUGUCUCUCUGGACGAAGAGCAGGGCGGCAGGCAGGAGAAAGAACAGCAGGCCGCCGUUCAGCUGGAAAGGGCAAAGGCCAAAGCAGUGGCCUUCGCUGUGAGGACAAAUGUCAGCUACUGUGGUGCCCUCGAUGAGGAUGUCCCUGUCGCUGGCACUGCCAUUUCCUUUGAUGCAAAAGACUUCCUUCACAUCAAGGAGAAGUACAACAAUGACUGGUGGAUUGGGCGACUUGUGAAGGAAGGUUGUGAUAUCGGUUUCAUCCCCAGUCCCUUAAAACUGGAGAACAUUCGCUUACAGCAGGAGCAAAAAAGGGGCCGCUUCCACGGGAAGUCCAGUGGGAAUUCCUCCUCCAGUUUGGGUGAAAUGGUGUCAGGCACCUUCAAGCCCAACCCUGCUUCUGCAGGUAAACAGAAACAGAAAGUGGCUGAGCACAUUCCUCCAUACGAUGUGGUCCCUUCCAUGAGGCCGGUGGUCUUAGUUGGUCCAUCACUUAAGGGAUAUGAGGUGACAGAUAUGAUGCAGAAAGCACUCUUUGACUUUCUGAAACACAGGUUUGAAGGCAGGAUAUCAAUCACAAGAGUAACUGCAGAUAUCUCUUUAGCCAAGAGAUCUGUGCUGAAUAACCCUAGCAAGAGAGCCAUCAUUGAGAGAUCCAACACCAGAUCCAACCUGGCGGAGGUUCAGAGUGAGAUUGAGCGAAUCUUUGAAUUGGCCAGAUCCCUUCAGCUGGUUGUGCUGGAUGCCGAUACGAUCAACCAUCCAGCCCAGCUCAUCAAGACUUCUUUGGCUCCUAUUAUUGUCCAUGUCAAAGUGUCUUCUCCCAAGGUAUUGCAACGGCUGAUCAAAUCACGUGGAAAGUCUCAGAGCAAGCAUUUAAAUGUACAGCUGGUGGCAGCAGACAAAUUAGCUCAGUGUCCUCCAGAAAUGUUUGACGUAAUUUUGGAUGAGAACCAACUCGAGGAUGCAUGUGAACAUCUGGCUGAAUAUCUAGAGGCCUAUUGGCGUGCAACUCACACUUCCCUCAGCACUCCUCUAAACCCUCUGCUGGGACGCAACCUGGGCUCCACUGUGCUGUCACCAUAUCCCACAGCCAUAUCUGGACUACAGAGCCAAAGAAAUAAAAACAGCAAUCACAUCAGCGACAACUCUCCAAUGGAGCGACGCAGCUUGAUGACUUCUGAUGAGAACUACCACAACAAUGAGCGGCAAAAGAAGAGUCAUAACCGCCUGUCCUCCAGUUCCCAGCAAAGUCGAGACCACUACCCUCUUGUAGAGGAGGACUACCAUGAUCCCUAUCAAGACGCGUACAAACCUCACCGCAACCGUGGCUCCCCUGGGGGCUACAGUAACGACUCGCGACACAGACUCUGAACAUUAAAACCACUACAUCCAGAGCUAUGAGAGAACUCUCAUGUAAUUUGUCUAAGCCCAUUCUGAAAAUGCAGUGCAUUGCGUUCACUCCGGCACAGAUUCCCAUCUAUGGGCCAUCUUAACUAAAGCCAAAAUCCAAGCAUCCAGUCCAUCUAUGUAAGGCAGUUGAUUGCAGCCCAUGAGCAUCUUUCGUCAGGCAGUUGGGGGUGCUGAUUUUAUCUGCAAUGGUUAAGAUAAGAUGCUUUCCUGAAGGAGUAAGAACUAUAGCACCAUCUGGUCCAUCCAAUUUCUCUUAGUUGAGGCCUAAGCUCUGCAUAUAAUUGCUAACCAAAGCCCUGCACUGUCUAUAUUUGCAGGACUCUUUGUGGUGGCAUGCUAAUUUUCACCCUGAACUAGUGCCGGCAUGCAGAAAUGCUCAGCAGUGCCAACAGCCAAUCAGCACAGAGCCUUUUUGCACGAUUUCAGUAGCCAAUGGAGGAGUCAUGCAUUCACUGGUCUGUUUGUUCCUGUCUUAGUAUAUUUUUGGAGGUAUCCUCUUUUGCCCAGACAGCCUCAGGUAUGGAGCACAAAACUUCAUAGGUGCCAAAAUCCAAGAGUUUCUUUUCCCGUGGUCUAUUUUCAUAAUGAUGCUAUCCACAGACAGUGUCAACAGACACUUUUCAAGCAGAAUACAAAAUAUUGAAUACAGAAUACAAAAUGUAUCCUUUUUAUACACACCAUAAUGCCUAUAGUUCGCUCAGCGCUUUCCCCAGGCCUACAUGUGAGAUGCUAUUGCAAAGAAAUUAUGACAGAAUAACCAUAUCAGGUGGAUUUAUCACUUUAACUUACUACAUUACUUGGUAGAAAUAGUAAAUUAAUGAAUUUUCAGAUCACAUUUCACCCAAAAAUCUAAAGAAAUCAUAAAAUACUUCAUUUAUAUAUAUAUAUAUAUAUAUAUAUAUAUAAAACAUGUCAUAUUAUUCAUAUUACAUUCUACGUUCUUACACUGAAAUAUGUGGCAGCUGAGUGGAGAUCCAUUCUGUCUUGAUAAAGUUCCCCUGUCCUAUUAUUAAAGGGUUAGUUCACCCAAAAAUGAAAAUAAUGUCAUUUAUUACUCACUCUCAUGCCGUUCCACACCCGUAAGACCUUCAUUCAUCUUCGGAACACAAAUUAAGAUAUUUUUGAUUAAAUCCGAUGGAUCCGACUCGGAGUGCCAAAGUCAUGUGAUUUCAGCAGUUUAGCCGUUUGAUAGGAGAUCCGAGUCACUGAUUCGAUUUGUAAAGCUCCGAAGCAGUGUUUUGAAAUCGGCCCAUCACUAUGUUGUUGAAAAGUCCUUAUUUUGGUUUUUUGGCACACAAAAAGUAUUCUCGUCGCUUUAUAAUAUUAAGGUAGAACCACUGAACUCACAUGAACUGUUUUAAAUAUGUUUUUAGUACCUUUAUGGAUCUUGAGAGAGGAAAUGUCAUUGCUUUGAAUGCAGGCCUCACUGAGCCAUCGGAUUUAAUCAAAAAUAUCUUAAUUUGUGUUCUGAAGAUGAAUGAAGGCCUUAUGGGUGCAGAACGACAUGAGGGUGAGUAAUAAACGACAUUAUUUUCAUUUUUGGGUGAACUAACCCUUUAAGCUUUAUGAAACAGUCAUUGACUAUUAUGACUACUACUAAUCUCAAACUAUUUAGUGCCCAAUAGUAUAUUGGUUGCUGUAGGAGGUACUGAGUAUUAGAAUUAAAAUUAGACUUUGGAAAAACUAAGAUACAACGUACAAGCUGUAAAAGGAAAUGCAAUGUUUUGUCAUGGGUUGGCUUGCAGCACGCAACCUGAGACAUAGGAGUAGCAGAAUAAACUGUCUUUAUUUUGAAUAUGUAACACUCAGGAGAUCGCAGAAGAAACAUAGGAGAAAUUGCGAACCAAAUGUAAUCCAUAAACAAGAACCAACAAAGUAUUGAACUGAAACGGGAGCUUACAUACAUCGCAAACAUAACGAUACACAAGUGAUAAUAAUACGUAACCAAGAAAACAAACGAGGACAUAAUCAAUAACCAAGGAAACUGAAAGUAAGCAGUGCAGGGAAACAAGAACUAAAGGAAAUGAACCAGAAUAUCAAAAUAAGAGUCCAUAACACAGAACAUACACCUGACAUGUUUGUAUUUACUUUUUUUGUGUGUGUAAGCUUUAUCUGUAAAACAUGUUUUCUUGAAUUAUUUUCAUCAGGCCUGUUUGCAAAAAGCUGUUAACACACUGUAUUUCUACAUUGUGAUGUGAAGUGCUCAGAUGAACAAAUCAGCCAUUCUGCCUUUGCAUGUGCAAAACUACUUGGCUGUGCUGAUGGUUUAUGUGAUUGACUUUUUUUUCUAUUUUUUUUCUAUUGUAUUUGACAUUUGUCCAUCUCAUUGUUAUUUGUAAUUUUUUAUUAGAUGAAAAACGCUAAAUGAUGUUUCAUUGUGAUAAACGGCUCCAGACAAUGCUUCUAUUUGAUGUUAGCACAGUUAUUUAAAUGUUGUCUGGAUCUUGACAUUUGCAUUUUCUCGACUUGUUUCUAAGUAUUACAAAUCACAACAGUUCUGCGAUCUGACUUGAUUACUUUAUUUGUGUUGUGUUGUGUUGUGUUGUGUGUGCGUUUGUAAUGCACAGAGAGAGAACAAAAGCAAUGUUGAUUCGGUGAUCCUUAUCCUUCAGUGGCUUCAUAUAGUUGAGGUUUAAUCAUAUCUGAUUGUUAAUACUAUAUGUUUUACAUGUGAUUGGUGUGGAAAUUACUGGAUUUAUUCAGUUUCCAUUCUGCUUUAAGUUCUACUCUUUUAAGUUCUAUAUAACUAAAGAGGUAGCUUUGAUAGUAAUAAACUACUGGAUUUGCUGUGUGCAGAACUGGUACGAAAGAAAUUCUGUCUGUCAGUAGGCUAUUUUCAGGAUAUACUGUACGUAGCAUUAGAAAACAUUCAGUAGACGUUUUUUAAACGUUUCUUGCUGGAGUUGAGGGGCCAGUAGAAGUAGUUUGGGUAAAGUGACCUUAUUCUCUGAUCAUCACUGCCACCCCCAUUAUCCAUGUGCAAUAUUUCAUAAACUACUAUAGAAAUAACACACCAUUCAUUUGUCCUGUUUAAAGCAGGUUCAGUACCACUCUCUGAGUUAUAUAGAAUGUGAGGAUUUACACUUUAAUUGGGUUAAAUUGGGACCUUAUUGGAACCAGUUGACUAACAGUAUUGUUAUAAGGUUACUUAUAGUUAUAAUUACUAUUGACUAUUGAAUCAUAUGCUUAAAAUAACACUUCUGGCAUUUUUAGGAGUGAAUCUAGACAUUUGACGAUAUUGUCAAAUAACAAAUAGUUAAUAUAUAUUGGGGUUUUUUUCCAGAUGUACAAAAUUUUUGUGACUUUCUUUCUUUGUAAAGAAACACAUUUUGGUGUAUAUCCCAUAAUUACUUAUCUCAUAAUUACUUAUUAUUAAUCUCAAGGUCCUUUGGUCUAAAUUUUAAAUCAUUUUUGGUGUCAGUAUUGUAGCCAACACUCAGGACCACCAUUGCUUUUUAAUUUCAGUCAAGACAUUCCCUGUUAUUAACUUUAUGCCUUAACUUUUUUAAUAAGGUAGGGUUUGUUUGUUUUUUCAACUUUUGCAAACAGAAAGUUUCUUCCUGUGCCACUUUUUGAGAGCUCUGUGGAUUUAUUUAAUUUAUUUAAAUGUGUGUUCAGCAUAUUCAUUCUUAAUUCAUUUUGUAAAAGAACAAACAAGCAAACAAUGUACUUCCUAUAAUCACACCACUACCCCGGUAAAACCAUGGUAAAUGAGUUUCACUGACUUUCCAUCCUGAGAAUAGAUUUUUUUGUUUUCCUCAGUGAAAAUUCUGAUUCAUGCAAUAGCAUGUUGGUAAAGGAUGAUGAGAAAUUAAUCCAAAAUAAAUGCUAUUUACUAUGCAAAUGUGUACAGUGCUGCAUGCUAAUGCUUUACCUGCCUCUUACCUGCAACUUAAUGGCUUCAAAUGGAGUUCAAAUGGAAUUGUGGGCAUUACUUGUGCAGGAUGGUAUUUGCGAGUAAUGCAAAACUGCAUGCAUAAUAUUCCAUUUGCAUUAUCAGAUUAAAGAAACACUAUAUGGUUUUUGGGAAAUAGAUGUGUAAAGAGAAGUAAGUUUUCUUUUGUAAAAUAAAUUUGAAUGUAAAACAGA